GCGCUCGUGUUCGACUGCGAUGGAACGCUGAUCGACACCAUGGGAUUGUUUUACGUCGCCGACGUCCGGGCGUGCGACGAGGUCGGGGUGAAGAUGUCGAAGGGGACGUUUUACGAGCUCGCGGGCGUCCCCAUACGGGACAUAUUCCGUAAACUGUGCGUCGAACAGGGCGCGGCGAGCGACGACGCGACGCUGGACGCGAUGGUGCGGUCGUGCGGCGCGCACGCGCGCGCGCUCGGGCCGCCGAAGGCGAUCGAGUGCGUCGUGGAGGUGGCGAGGAACGCGAAGGCGCGCGGGAAACGCGUCGCCGUGGCGUCGAGCGGCGUCAAGACGACCGUGCUCGAGCACCUCGAGCACCACGGAUUAUUAGAUUUAUUCGAAGUCGUCGUCACGUGCGAGGACGUGACGCGCGGGAAGCCCGCGCCGGAUCUGUACGCGCUCGCGGCGGAAAAAUUAGGCGUCGCGCCCGAGCGGUGCUGCGCGUACGAGGACGCCGUCCUCGGCGUGGAGAGCGCGCGCGCCGCGGGG